CCUUUAACGUAGGACUCUUGGGGGGGUAGGGGAAGACUCACCUUAUCCCAUGAAUAAUCAAUCAAGCCAUCUUUUUUUUUUCUAACUUGUUCACGUUGCCUCGUUACACCCUCCUUUCCGCCGCCUUCUUUUGAACUUGAUUGCGUAUCUACCUAAUGCCUUACAUUCAUUUGUGCAUUGCGUUAGUUCUUAUGACUUAGUCACUCACUCUCGCAUUGACCAUUUUUAUAUACAUACCUCCUCAUAUGCGUAGACGGUCUGGAACUCAAUAUCUUCAAUAUUUUCGCAUCGUUAUUCUUCCAAUAUUAAUCCCCUUUAACAUAGAUUAUCCCCGCUCGAAGCACCUCCUAAACCCUUACCUACCCCACCGUUAGAAGUUAUGGGCAUAUUUAAUCAGAAGUCGAGGCUGAAGGCUGCACCUCAGGAGAUUCGCGUAGAAAAGGUCGUCGUUCCCUCCAAGCCGCGACCCAGCCUAGCCGUGAACCAUCCCCGCGCGUCUUCAAGCCAAUAUUCCGCGUCACCCCGCCUCUCGCCAAACCAGCGCCUCUCACGACCCAAAAGCGCGUCGCCAUACCUUUCCUCUUCCGAUGAGAAACGCCCUAUCGUAAAAAAGCGCAAAGCCGUGGCCAGCACCCCACGAGACUCCCCCGCCUUCGGAAACGAUUCCGAGUCCGAAGAUGACGAUAGCGAUCCGUUCCGAAAGCGAAUGCGGCGUAGCGAAUCAAGGUCGGUGGAUCUAAAUCGCAAGCUGCGCCAUAAGAAGGCGUUCAGCGAUGAGGUCAGGGACCCACGUAUUAUCCACGCGGCUGAUAUCGCCUCGGUCGCUACCAAGUGUCCACCGAUUCCCGGCGCAAAACCUGAAGAGGUUCCAAUAGAGUUGCAAUACCCGUCGCGGUGUAAGCGCGAGAGAUACGAGCUAGUAUGGCAGAAAGAUAAGAUCGAUGCUGUCAAAGACAUUCUUUCCGUUGUAGAACAUGUGGCCGAGACAUAUCUCACAGAUGACGAAGCCAAACCUUUCAUCGACCACAACGGAAGCUUCAAAAGACAGAUGGAGCGCGCAAUAAGCGAGAAAUAUAGAGAUGUGUCGGUAUUUAGAGCGGCACUUCAAAACUACAACGAUAAAUUAUUAGAACUGGUUGAGAAUGGUACAAUAGCGAAGAACAUAGACCAACUACACCACAUUCCGCCCAGUCUGGUGUCGUUUAUCCUCACACAAGUGUACGACCGUACGGUUGCGCCGAAGGUAGAGAUGCUCACGAAAUACCAAAUGGGAAGCGAUAACGUCUACGGGGAGUUGCUGCAUCCCUUCAUCACGAAGCUGCUCGUUGAGCAGACGAAAAUGACUUCCGACCAAGUUUUCAUCGAUCUUGGUUCCGGGGUAGGUAACGUCGUCCUUCAAGCGGCACUCGAGAUCGGCUGUCGAAGUUACGGCUGCGAGAUGAUGGAGAACGCCUGCAAUCUCGCCGAAGCCCAAGAGAAAGAGUUCAAAACAAGAUGCCAUCUCUGGGGCGUUGCGCACGGACGGGUUCAUCUUGAGAGAGGCGACUUUCGCACCAACACUAAGAUCUUGGAGAAAUUGAAGGAGGCCGACGUAAUACUCGUCAACAACAAAGCCUUCACUUCGACUCUUAACGACGCCCUUAUUAAUAUGUUUCUGGAUUUAAAGAAGGGUUGCAAGAUCAUAUCGCUGAAAUCCUUCGUCCACGAAAACAAGACAGCCAUUAACGAUGUAGCAAAUAGCAUCCUCGACGUCCAGCAUUAUCGGUACCACGAGAACUGGGUCAGCUGGGCCGCGGCGGAAGGCGACUACUAUAUCUCCACUAGAAAAUAAUGAUGCCGACUAGUCUAUAGGGGGGAGAGGACAGUCAGCAAUAUUAUCGUGUAUACAAUUCGGGAAGAAAAAAAAAAGAACAAAAGAACAACGGUAGGUCAGAGCACGCGGCAGGAUACCAUAUUCGC